GCUUCGUGUAGUCGUAACGGCUUCUGUACACUACAGCAUAAGCUAAUGUUUCUAAAUUCAGAUGUUUCAAGCUUUUCAGUGAUGUCACCGACCUCGCUUUCUCCAGCCCAGUUUCCGGGCCGGUAAUUGGCUGUGAUACUUGGCAUUCUCCAGCGGGGUCGAAACUCAAGGACAUUCAUUACCUUCCUUCCGUUCUGGGAGCUCGGCGUUAGAGCGGGGUCCUAAACCCAACAGAGAAACAUAGGGGCUCUACCUACCUUAUCCCGGAGAUAUGGAGACAUCAGCUCUUUAGUGGAUCCGGCAACAGAACGCAGACCCGGGAUGGGGCAACCCCGCAGAGGUCGUUGUGCACGAUGAUGUGUAGAUACCUGCUUGGUCUACACUAAAAAGAAACCCAUCCUCCUAAAGAGUCUGCUUCUAUAUUAGCUAGCUUCCCGACCAUGUCCGGUUUCCCCAAGCUCAUCCCCGCCUUCACGGUGCAAAUUGCUCUCGAUAAACCCUCCCCAGUCGGAGCUGUCUCCAAGGGGCCGAACCUCGUCCACGUAGGCUUCAUCCCGAACUCGGGCUCCCUCCGGUCGGAGCCCGACUACCCGGUCAAAAUCGAUGCCGUGUUCACCCACGGCGCCGACUACAUCAAGGCGGACCCGGACGGUGAACAUGCCCGCCUCGAGGUCCAGAGCAUCCUCAAGGACAAGUCCACGGGUGCGCUGGUCCGCUAUAACUAUACCGGAAUCAUCGACCUGCGCGGAGCGGCGGGGAAGGUCCUCAGGGGCGAGCAGGACGCAAAGACCAGCGACUUCGGGGAUGCCUUCGCUCAUGUGUCCCUCGAGACCGGGAGUGCGGAAUUGAAAAGACUGGAGAAUAGGGUUUAUGUUGCCUCGGGCCGCUUCGUACUUGACCCUGGCCAGCCAGUGAUUGUCGAGUACAAGGUCAGCGAAGUGGCGAAGUAGCGGUCGGGGUGGAAGCUAGGAGGCGUAUAAAUAGGUUCGAAUCGCUGGUGCUUAUCCCGCCCUUGAACACCGAUAGUGUUCAAGUUACAUGAAGCCGACCGUCUUGGCUAUCGCAUUGCUCAUCAAGUCCAUUCGAUCAGCUGGGGCCAUAUCAGACUCCAUUCAUCCUGUGAAACGAAACGCUUCCGAUACUUCUAUUCAAGCCCAUCCUAAAAUUUCGUGUCUGGCAUCUGCGGACCGUCUGUGGCGGCUCAAGGGCUCUUGGCGGGUAGUAGCCGCAUCAGUAAUUUCAGUAAUAGUUCGGAGUGGCAGUUCUGUAUUCUCCGUG